AAUUACGUCGUUAUACCGGCCGACAUAACCCGGUACUUUUCUCCAAAUCGAAAUUUUUGAUGACAUGUUGGGAUAUUUACUUCAUAAAGUUUUGAGAAAAUAUAAAUCAAAUUUAAUUGUGCACUGUGACUCGAACAUGGAAAAAACAAUAUGGAAUCCUCUGCAAAUAUUUGAUUAUCGUGCUAAUCACAAAUAUGCUGUUCUUAUAUUGAAUAGUGCUCUCCAGUGGAAUGAUGAUACCUUACUACAAAUUUGGAAAAAAGCUCUGGUGAAGGUCACUGUCGAUGGUGGAACAUGCAGAUGGGUUGAUUACUUAGAAAAACAAGAAAUUGAUGUGUUUGAUGGACAUCACGAGGAAUGCAUACCACAUUUAAUUAGUGGCGACAUGGACAGUUGUCAAUCGUCAGUCCUUGAUAAAUUCAAAGACAUGGGUUCUAUUAUUAUAAGGACACCUAAUCAAGAUCGCACGGAUUAUACAAAAGCUUUGGUGGAAUUGAAAUUAUACACAAAAAAGAAAAAUAUAGAAUUAAGUAAAAUAUACGUAUUUGUGGAAUCUUCUGGAAGGUUUGAUCACAUCAUGGGAAAUGUUAAUACUCUUUUCAAGAGUGAAGAUCUUAUUGGUGAAAUACAGGUGAUACAAGUGUCAAGUACUUCAUUAACGUGGAUCCUGAGGCCAGGCCUACAUAGCAUAAUCAUUCCCAAAGUUUUAGUACAAAACAGUAGUUGGUGCGGACUGCUACCGAUUGGCACACCCGUUAAUUGUAUAGAAACAACCGGUUUAAAAUGGAACCUGAAUAAUUCCAGUUUACAAUUUGGUGGUUUGGUGAGUACUUCCAAUACGUACGACGAUUGUUCGGAAGUUACUGUAAAUACAGAUACACCAGUGAUAUGGACUAUGGGUAUAAAACCGCUUACAGAAAAUAUAAAUAAUAGUGAAGUGUCAAACAGUGAUUCGUAGGAUUUUUUAUUAAGACUAUCCAUGGGAAUUUUCUUUAUUUUUGUAAUAAAUAUUCGGGGCUUUAUUUAAAUGACAAACAUUUCGUUUAACUUUGUUAGAAGUUACAUUUUACUUUUUUUAUUAGAUUUGAAUGUGAAAAAUAUGUUAAAGAAAUAUUUAGGAGGGAUGGCGAACUUUUUUGAGAAAUGGGUGAAAU